CUACACAUUCUCCAUAAUACAUGUUCUCUACACAAAGCUCGAAAGUUCAUCAAUCAAGAGAUGGCAAUUGCCAUUUACUAACAUAAAUUGCAUGGGCCGGUGGCCCUUCCCUCCAAUAUAUACCAUUGAUUGCGAUCGAAAGCAGAUGACGACGACGGUUGCCUCGUACGGCAAUUACGAAAUUGCCAAAUGGGUCGGACCGUCGCGGAGGACGUGCCGACGCGGCCAGCGUGCCGAGGGGGGUGACAGCAUGACAUCACCGGGGCUCUGUGCAAGCCUGACCGACCGUUCGGGGCAAGUUCCCACGCCCGUCGGAUGGGGCAGGAAUCGAGGAGCCCUGGCUCCCGGCCUCAAGCACGUCACCACAGGAACUCUCAAAGUGGACCAAGCAUUCGUAACGUGCUGCCUCGAUGCCUUCACCGAUCAACCUCACCUAUACGGAGGUUCACCAGAAUUGAAAGAACAUUACCAUUAUCUGCAGCUGAUCGCGAAGCAUUGUUCUGACAGAGUCGCUGCUCACACCGCGAUUGCCGCCGAAACACAAAAAGCUGAGUCUCUGGCAAAGUCUUUCGCAAAGCAUGUAGGACAUGUCUUCUUGGCAUACAUCGACUCUAUGAACGACUCGUUGUGUAUCCUGACACCAAAGAUACGACGAGAACUCGAGCCUGGGCAAUUCUCAUUAUGUGAAAUGCUCAACUCCCAUGAAGUCGCUCUGGAGGGAAUAGAGUAUGUGGGGAAGGGGUAA